AUGGCCGACCAAGCUACCACUCAGAACGAACAGCAGCAGCAGCAGCCUCCUGCCGCGGCCCCGGCACCAGCUGUCGCCGACGGCGCCGAGGAGCUCAACCCUGACGGAACGCCGCUCUCGGACAACCAAAAGAAGAAGCGUGCCGCCAAGGCGGAAAAGGAGCGCAUUAAGGCGGAAAAGGCGGCCAAGUUGGCCGCUGAAAAGGCCGCUCGUGAGGCGGCCGAUGUCGACUUUGCCUCGCAAAACUACGGCAAGCUGCCCCUCAACAUGUCCCAGGAACGCUCUGGUCGCACCUUUACCAAGAUCUCCGAGAUCAGCCCGGAGCGCGACGGCGAGCAUAUCAUCCUCUCGGCGCGCGUUCAGACCAGCCGUGCGCCUUCCGCCAAGCUCGUCUUCCUCACCUUCCGCCAAGGUGUCGACUGUGUCCAGGCCACGCUUGCACAGGCUCCCGAAAAGGUGUCGCGCCAGAUGACCAAGUGGGCCGCUGGCCUUGCUGCCGAAACCAUCGUGCUCGUCGAGGGAACCAUUGUCAAGACGCCCAAGCCGGUCGAGUCCAACACGGUGACCGUCAAAGAAGCCGAGAUCAAGAUUGCCAAGAUCCACUCCACCAGCGAGAUCACCUUUGAGCAGCUGCCCUUUGGUGUCGACGACGCUACCCGAUCCGAAGUCGAGAUCCAGGCUUCGCAGCAGACCGACCGCCCCCUCCCUCCCAUCGCUCUCGACACACGUUUGGACAACCGUGUGCUCGACCUGCGCACUACCACCAACCAGGCCAUCUUCCGCCUCACCCACGGCGUGUGCAAGCUCUUCCGCGAGUACCUCGACAACCUCGACUUUGUCGAGAUCCACACGCCCAAGCUCCAGGGCGCUGCCACCGAGAGCGGUUCGUCUGUCUUCAAGGUCUCGUACUUCAAGGGACAGGCGUUCCUGGCGCAGAGUCCGCAGCUGGCCAAGCAGAUGGCGAUCGCCGCUGAUUUCGGACGUGUCUACGAGAUCGGGCCCGUCUUCCGCGCCGAGGACUCGAACACGCACCGCCACAUGACCGAGUUCACGGGUCUCGAUCUAGAGAUGGCGUUCAACGAGCACUAUCACGAGGUGGUGGAUGUGCUGGAUGGGCUGUUUACGUUUAUCUUCCGCGAGCUGCCUAAGAGGUACAGAAAGGAAAUUGAUGCCGUGAAGCGUCAGUAUCCGUGCGAAGAGUUCUUGCUGCCCGAAAAGACAGUGCGCUUGCAGUACAAGGAUGCGAUUGCGCUGCUGCGCGAGAACGGCAAGGAGCUGGGCGACUUGGAGGAUCUGUCGACCGAGAUGGAGCGUACGCUGGGUGGAUUGGUGCGUGAAAAGUACAAGACCGACUUUUUCAUGCUUGACAAGUUCCCGCUCGAGAUCAGGCCGUUCUACACCAUGCCCGACCCGGCCGACGGCAAGUACUCCAACUCGUACGACUUCUUCAUGCGCGGACAGGAGAUCCUCUCCGGUGCCCAGCGUGUCCACGACGCCGCAUUCUUGGAAAAGAGGAUGGCCGAGUUUGGCAUCCCCGUCGAAAGCAUGAAGCACUACGUCGAGGCUUUCAGGCUUGGAUGCCCGCCCCACGCCGGUGGUGGUAUCGGUCUGGAGCGUGUCGUCAUGUUCUACCUCGGUCUGGGCAACAUCCGACGCGCCAGCAUGUUCCCUCGUGACCCGAAGCGUCUGGACCCUUAG